AUGACAGCAUCUACCCCCCCCCCCCGAGGCUUCUCUCUGACCACGUACCACACCCUGGGCGGCGCCUUCCUCGCCCCCGAGUGGACUACACCUGCCGGCCCGAGGGCGCCCACGACGCAGCUGCCGCCCGAAGCGCCUCACCGCUGUUCAUUCCCGCCGGCGACAACACCUCCGAAGAGGCUAAGUAAGAGACCCGAGUGCAGUUACUUCGUGCUGAACUCGUCCUCAGGCCAGGUCGAGGAGGAGCCGUGCGUCGAGUGGGACUUCGACAACUCCACCUUCAGCUCCACCGUUGGCACUGAGGUAAUCUUUGAUUCAGACCGUUUGGUAAGCGGUGUUGGUGCCUGUGACUUGGCGGUGACAAAGUUCCAGCUUGCCUGCGGUUGGGAGUACCUUCGCUCGACGUACCAAAGCAUCUACAUGUUCGGCGUCACGAUCGGGGCGCCGUUCAACGGGGUUCUGGCCGACAGGUACGGGCGUAAGAUGACAGUGGCCGUGGGUUUCGUCGCCUACUCCGCCCUGGCCAUCGGCUCCUGCUGGAUCCCCAACCUCUCGGCUCUCCUGCUCUCGCGCUUUCUCAUGGGCGCCGUCCACCCCACGAUACAGAAGACGGGAUAUAUACUAGGCAUGGAGGUCGCGGAUCCCAAGUGGCGCACGCAUAUCGGCAUUGUAUUGUUUCUGCCAUGGGCGCUUGGUCUCAUGGCGUGGGGCGGGUUCGCUUACCUCGUCCGGGAAUGGCGGAUGCUUCAGCUGACCGUGUCUUUGCUGUGUCUGGCCUUCUUGCCUACUCUGUGGUUCAUGGACGAGUCGCCUCGGUGGCUGGCCGUGAGGGGGCAGCACCGGCGCGCCCUCCGAGUGCUGCAGAGGGCCGCCAGGUGGAACGGGGUCGCCCUCCCCCCGAGGACGAGCUUCUGCUCCUGCUCAAGGACGGAGUCAAGGACGAGGUGCGAGCGCGUGCUUGUGCGCAUGUGCAAUGGUACGCCCGCACCAAGACGCCCGCGCCCACACCGCGAGAGGCUGGUUCAGAAGGCGUUUGGAUGA